AUGAACUGCACGCGGUUCAUGUUGCGAAAUGAAUAUUUCGUCGUAAGUUUUAUGUGUUUCCAAAUUUCAUAACCAGCCAUCAAAAUAUUUUAGAACAUGUAUGCAAAUCCAAGAAGUUCUCUUUUAGUGAGCAGCAUUUUCAUUUUCAUUCUCCUAUCUUUGGUUUCAUUUCACUGCCUUCUUUUUAAUUUACAUCUUCGAGUUCGUCAAAAACUUCAUCCAUUUUUUGCGAUUAUUUUUGGAAUUGUCAUAAUUAUGCACGUUUUAUACACUUUUGGAGAACUCGUAUCACAUUGUAUAUUUUUGAUCUUCCCAAAUAAUUCGGCUAUGUUUUAUUCGAUGGUUUUAACAAGAUUAUCGUAUUCCGCGAUUUCUCCUCUUUGUUUCGGAUGCGUUUUUGGUGAGUUCAAAAAAUCGGCUAGACGUCUGACAUAUAUUUAUAUAUUUGCAGAACGACUUUUCGCUACAAUCUUGGUUGCAAAAUAUGAAUCUUAUAGGAAUUGGUUUCUAUUUUUAGUUAUAAUAAUACCACCCAUUGUGAGUUCAAGAACAGGCUUCAAUAAGAUUUGGAUUGAAAACUAAACUUUCAGGCUAUUUUCAUAUAUUUUGAUUUUAUUCAUCAUGACACCGCUUAUGAAUUAUCUGCAGUUUCACUUAUCACAGUUCUAGCCUGUAUUGUUUUAUAUUUUUUCAAUAGAAAAAUGACAGAAAAUUGUGAAAAUCUGGAUUUUGUGGCGACGAUUAGUGUUUCUGAAAAAUAUCAGAUUUUGGAGAACAUGGUGUAAGUUCGGAAAUAGAAAGUUGAUAUUAAGAACAACUAUGGAUUUUAGGGUUGUGAGAAAGGGUCUUCUACCAAUUCUUAUUCUUGGAUUAUUGAUAAAUUUGAGUGAUUUUGUUGCUUAUCGGAUCACUGAAAAGAUGAUUGAUGGAAAAUCAGAUUGUCAACAACACAAAGUUUAUAUUCCGUAUAUAAUUUUCAAUGGACUUUCAGUAUUUUUGGAAUAUUGUGUACCUCUGAGUAUUAUUUUGGAAUGGAAACACUACAGAUCUAGUAAGUUUCGAAGCUCACAAUCAAAGCUCCGCUUCUUAUCUCACAAUCAAAAUUAUUUCAGAUUUAUCUCCUUGUUGUCGACGUUUUUUUGGUGCAACUGGAAAAGUAGCAGCAAUAACUGAAACGAAUGUUCAAAUCAGAAAUGCAUUAGGAAAAGUAAUAAGCAAACAUCCGACUACAUCGGAAUAUUUUGACAAUUUGAACAUGCAAUGGGGUUAA